CCUCCAUCGUUUCGAAACGUGUGCCACACUUUCGCAAGUUUAAUCAUCCACCCAAGGCCUGAAAAUGAUAGAGGACCUUCUCCCUCCGUCACCAAAUUGGUACUGCAGUCAGGCUUGUGACUGUAGUUAUGAUGGAUUGUUUGCAUAUGCCACAAGAAAUUCGAUCUUUCUGCUCGAUGUUCGAAACAACUCGCCGAGUUACGCGGGAUGCUUAACGGGGCAUUCGGAGCGGGUGACAGCGGUAAAAUUUGGCAGAGAGACCCACGACAGACACCUCUGUGCUACAGCGGGCGACGAUGGUUGUGUAAAAGUAUGGGAUACACGAAAUAAGGCUGUUUUAAAUGACCAUCGGUAUCAUAACGAGAAUAAAGUGACAGCAGUCCAGUGGUGUGCCUCAACAGUGCCAAACAGUCAAGUCAUUUCAGGAGAUGAGAAGGGCACCCUCGUCUGGUGGAAUCAUGCCAGUGGCGGGGGUAAGGAGUUCACACCUGAAAAACGGCACAUCUACUGUCUUGCGAGCUGCCCACACAAUGGGGAAUUUGUUGCCAUUGGCUACAAAACAGGUCUGGUGCUGAUCGUGGACAUCAGCGGCAAAGGGCAAAUACUUCAGAGAUUGAGAGGUCAUGAUGAGGAGGUCCACUCUGUCUGCUGGUCCCCAGGACUUGGGGAGGACAUCCCUCUUCGCAAACCCAAACAAGACGGAGACAAAGCCGAAUGCCAAGUUGUCCCUACUGGCUCGCCUCCUGAUGAUUUUCCCAUGGCGACUGCAUCAGCCCUUCCAUCGACACUGAGAGAGCGAGGAUGCCUGCUUGUCUCGGGGAGCCGGGAUCGCACCCUCAAAGUCUGGAACACCACCCAGGGGAAGGCAGUGCUGACCCUGGCCCUGCCCCCACGGGGAGGCGUGCAACGCACAAGGGAUCGGAGCGAUGACGGAGGAAAGGCAAAGGUGUGGGUGGGUCUGUGCUGGCCAUCUGACAAGCCCAGGGAAUUUCUUUCAAGUUCUUACGGAGGAGAUCUUAUUUUGUGGGACUUGUGCAAACCUGGAAAGCAGAAGUGGGAAUACAUUGGCAUGGACAAUCAUAAUACUGCAUCUCACAAUAGGAUCAUAUUCAACAUAUCAAGCAUUCCACACUGUCCUGAUAUGUUCAUCACCACAUCGAUGGACAGACAGAUCAUAUGCUGGAACAGAAAGACACUCAAGAUGGUUUGGUUAAUCCCCACCCUAGGGGGAUUCGUCUACACUCUGUCAGCUUGUUCUGUAGAUCCAGGUUGCCUGGCACUGGGAGUGGGGGACAACAUGAUCAGGGUGUGGAACUCUUCGUCCCCAGGGAGGGGGAAGACUAUCAGCAUCCUGUGGCAGGGAAUCAAAUCAAAGGUCACAGCGCUGUCUUGGCACCCAGAGAGAGAUAAUUGUCUGGCAUACGGAACUGAUGAUGGCCGCGUAGGCAUCUACAGUACCUUCACGCAGGGUAAAGGGCCUGCUCUGUCAAGCACGUUCCACAAGAAGACAGUUUACUCCCUGAGCUGGGGUCCACACUGUCUAGCCAAAGAGGGAGUAUCCGGCUAUUGCCUGUACAGCUGUGGUGGUGAUGGCAUGAUAUAUCAACAUGACCCAACCAAACUCGGGGAGGAUGCCACAAACUUCAACAGCCUCAUUCGCUCAGCCAAUCAAAUUUCGUACAUGCUUCCCUUACGUACUGACGUGUCUUGGAGAGAUGAUGGAAGAGCAGUUGCCAUAGGAAAUGAGGAUGGGUCUAUUGAGAUCGUGGCCUGCCCAAGUCUGUUGCUGCUGUGCACCAUCCGAGUCCACCACAAGCUCAUCAACUGCCUGGAGUGGUACCCAACCCACAGCCAGUCAGAAGCCAGCGUACAGGUUCCUAGCCAAUCCGCAGGCAUAUUGGAAGAUGGUUCGAGUGGCACUGGCCAAUCAGGGAAGAGGUGGUGGCUGGCUUCUGGCUCCAAUGAGCCACAAGUCCAGGUUCAUGAUCUGACAUCUGUGCUAGGAGGAAUUGAACCAGUCCAACUGAAAACGCCUGUGACUGGAUCAUUCCGCACUCUGAAUGGCCAUACCCUAAGAAUCACAGCAUUAUCAUGGAGUCCACAUGGUGAUGGGCGCCUUGUGUCUGCUUCUUACGAUGGUACAGCUCAGGUGUGGGACACACUGAAAGGAGAGCCUAUUGCCAAUUUCCGCGGCCAUCUUGGCCGUCUUUUCUCAGUCUCCUGGAGUAUCCUAGAUCCCGAUGUCAUCUUCUCGGGUGGUGAGGACUUUUGUCUGUUGAAAUGGAGAGUGUCCCAAGUACAGCAUACCAGACCACCUGCCCACAAAAGAAACACAGCAGCAUUUAUGCAACGCAGUGGGAAGAGUAAAUCAGCUUCAUCUGGUAAGAGCAAAAAGAAAGCAAAAUCAGCCAAAGACACGUGCAGCGUGGGCAGCUCAUCUCCGGGUUCCUGCACCCCAGAACCAACAUCAACUAAGGAUGCUCCACCCAUCCCCGAGGGACUUCCCCCUGAUGGAUCCCUUCUGGACCCACCAGUUGAUAUGUCAGAUCUGCAGCGACUUCUCGAGGAAAAGAGACUUGAGAUGCAGAAACUGACUUUGACCGAGGCCUCAGAAGCAGAGGCAAGGCGUCAGCAGACUGAGAAUGUGAUGAGCAGUGAGCCUACAUUUGUUGAAGAGAAAGAAGUUACAGAGCUGAAAACAGGAGAGGUUGAUGAAGCUGGAGAAAAAGGAAGGGGAGGAGAUACAGAAGUGGGUGUGGAAUCUGUAGCCCAGACCACAGAGGGCUCAGAUGUCACAUAUAAGAAAGAUGGUCGUCGGAAGAAGAAACACAAAUCCCUCUUUCCUCUGAGUCGGAGUCAGGACAACAGAGGCAAGCUGUAUCAUCUAGAGGACUGUGUUACACUGGCACACCAUAAAUACGGUACAGAUGAUGCAGGGAGACCGUUUACUACAGCCCAUCCAGCAGUGGGAGAACAGGUACACUCAACAGAUCCCAGCGAGGCUGUAUCAUCUGCUAGACUCCAUCCGGGUGUGGGAGAUGCCGUCCAUCUUGGCCUGUUUGCUGAUAGGAGGGCAGCAUUUGCAAUGUUCAGAGAGGAAGGUAUUUACCACAGUGAAGCUGGUAACCGAGACCAAAGACAGUGUCUGGACAUGUGGAAGGGGAAUUUAGCUGGCACCCUAGCUCAUGCAAGAGAAUGCAAUCAGCUCAACAGUUUUCUUGUUGCCAUGGCACCGUUAGGUGGUUAUGAUGUUUGGCUGGAGACAGUUGAGGCCUAUGCCCAGCAACUGGAGAGAUGUGAGGACUACAGUCAGGCUGCUACCUACUACCUCGCCUGCCACAAGAUACAUAAAGCUAUAGCAGUGCUGCUAGAUAACAAACUCUUCAGAGAAGCUGUGGCAUUAGCGUCUGUGAGGCUUUCCCCAUUUGAUCCUGCUUUCACUGAGGUAUACAGAGCCUGGGCAAGUCACCUGGAUGCUGAGGGCAGCUACGGCCAAGCUGCAAAGUGUUACCUGACAAUCAACCAACCUACUGAUGCAGUGAUGUUGCUCGCCAGAAAGAGUGACAUCCUGUCUCUCUCUGCCGCUUUGCGUGUGGCUUGUAUCACUCACCUAGGUGACCUGACUAUCGGUUUGAUGGUCAGAUACUUGCAUGAGUGUCUCAUGGCUGGUGAUUGGCUAGAAGCACAAACGGUGUUAGCCAAUCAUAAAAGUGUUUUAGCAGGGAGCUUAAUUGCGGCUCUGCACGAAGUCAUCGUCACAACACUAACACAUCAAAAGCUCAUACUACGGGAUCUGUUUGAGGAACCAAAGACCAAUCCCUGGAUUCAGGGGAUGUUCCGAGAUGAGACAAACAACAUGGAUGACUUGUCGGGAUGGACUGUUCCUCUUUUUGAAGGAGCUACACCCCUUCCUGCUGCUGUGCAGCAUUGGUUCCUACAAUGCCACAUGGACCAAACAGAUGAAGACCUUGUCCAACGUCUAUAUGAUGAAGUUGUCAGCAUCCGACAACAGAAUACUCAACAUUUGCCAACAAAGCAGCUUCUUAUCGAGUUGGCAUUUGAGCUUACCCUGGGUCAGCUGUCACUCUUGAUGGCAGGGGAGUCUGAGACGGUCCCUCAUUGGUUGCAGGCCGUGGUCAUGUGUCAUGAUGCAGGGGAUGUGGACAUGGCUAGAGGAGUGCUAUCUCUUGUUCUACCUGAAGGCAUUUAUUCCAUCAUGAAACUACACAAGAGUGCCGCUGUCACGAGUCUGUAUGCAUACUACCUCUUCACUGUUCUGUACUCCCUGUGGUGGGAGGUUGGCUGUGAGACAACACCCUCCAAGAAUCCUGAACUGCUGGUGAGUAAAGCUGGUGUGCCACGAGAUACUCAAAGAGGAAUAGAGACAAACAGCGACACUGCCAACAUAAUUGCAAGAAGAACAGAAGCAACAGAAUCACACUUGGAGGGUACAAGUGGCACAGUGUCACGAGUGAUGGCGACUGAAAGAGCUUCAGAAUUGGUGGAAAAUCCUGGCCAACCUAUUGCAGACUUCACUGGGAGUGUCAGUGAGACGCAAGCACAAAUCACAUUUGACCAGCAUGAUCUUUUUACGACAUUGACUGAUUGUACAAACCAAAGUGUGGAGUCAUAUGCAGCCAGUGCCAGCAUUGUCACUGCUCCUUCAUGUUCCAACAUGUCAAAAGAUGUCAACCAAGGGCAUGAUGCGACUCGCAGCCAGUUCGAAGAAAGGCUGGUUCCAAAACUAGAGACUAUCUCCAAGGCUUUGUUGUCGGAGCCUCACGCAAAAGUGAGAAGCCUGAAGGGCAGCAUAAGAUGCAUCCAGAAGGCGGUGGAGAAAUUGGUGACCCAGCAUGCCACAAAAGGGCAGGAACCGGUCCCUGUUGACCAUGACCAGGAGGGCUCUAUUGACAAAGAUAGGGCUCCUGACAGACCAGACCAUGAGGCUGUUGAUUGUGGCUUUUAUGCCUCCAGAGAGAAUGAAUCAGCCGUCCCAACUGUCAAAGAUGGUGGUGCUUUUGAGCUGAAGGAACGUGCCACAUCUCCAGAUGUGUGUGCUUUAAGCCAAAUUGUUUCUGAGAGCACUGGCAGAUUAGUAAACUCAUGCUUACCAGAGUCUCUAAACCCCCUUGAGGUCAGUACCAACAUUGUAUCAUCUCGCCAGGACGACGGGACACCAGUUGAAGUGGAUAUAGCCACUGAAAAACAGUUUGAUUCAAACUCUAACGCUGCUGCUAAAGAAACUCAUUCAGAGGUAGACAAAUAUUUGGAAGUCUGUCUACCUAGUAGCUGGGAGGCAGUGAUGGCAGAUGUCAAGUAUAUUGAUCCAGCAUUGACGUAUACUGACUUGCUCCAAGAGCAAAGCAGGCUCAUGCAGGAAUUGGAACAACUUGGCAAAAGGUGUCCAUUCCCAGACUCAGUCGAGUCUGCCAUGGUGCUGGUACAUGUCUGCCGUGCCGCACGCCUCAAGAGGAAUCUCUCAAAAGCAGAUCAGCAGGAGCUGAAGACACUUGAGAAGGAAGCCAUCACAUGGGGACUGGAGCACAGUUGGCUGACCUUCCAAAGGAAACUGUUCAUUAAGCAUCUUGCAAAUUUAGUUUUAGAACAACCCAACAGUGCUUUGUAAGGAGCCGGAAGUAUAGAUCUUUAUCGUGAUGCCGCCAUUUUUGUGUUGCUCCUGAAUGCCAAAUGACAAAAGUAGUACAUCUUUACAUACCUAUAAAAGGAACCAAAUAAGUUUUUCUUCCAGCUUCAGUUUGGUCACAAUACUUUCAAUAGUAGAAAAACAAGAUGGCUGCUCCCUGAUAAAGUUCUACAAGGCUAGUUGCCGUAUCGAUAACACAUAUGCAGAGUGUAUGCAAGUAUAGUGCUUGUCUUGCGUUGAAUUGUGCGAAUAACUCUGUCAUGGAUACGUUUUAGUUUUCCAUUUAAUCAGUCUACUGCCAACUCAUUUAGGCUUAUGCAGUAUAUGCACAGAUGAUCGGGGAAGUUGAGCCCAAUUGAGUAUUAUUAGGUUGUUGGAAGCAUUUCCAAGUGAAAAUGUUUUCUUUACUGUUUAGGCUUCAUCCGUGACUUAUUUGUGAUGUGAAACCGAGGCUUUAAGGGACCAUAACCUACUGUAAUGCUGUAGCUCAAACACUUAGUAUCGGUUAUUAAUGUGUGGGGGGGACUGGGAGCUUGAUUGCAGUUCAAACCCUUCCGAGGACAAAAUCUGCUCACAGAAUCAUGUCAAAGUACAAAGAAAUAUGUCUCUCAGUUACAUAGCAGACUUACUUAGUGCAGGCUUAAAUCGCAAAUUUUUAUGGAAACUGCUUUUGCGCAUUGACCAAAAGGAAGGUAAACUUCAUUUGGAAACACUGCACAAAUCACAGUGACAAGAAUAUGACACUUCUUGGGCACUGGUAUUUUUCAAGCAGGAACACAUUCAAGAACUGCACAGGACACAAAGUAAUAUCAUCCAGAAUGUAGCAUAAGGCUUCUUUAUAAAUGAACAACAGUGAAUAUGGCUUUCAUACAAAAUAGUAUACCUUAAAACGGGGCCUGUUCUCUUUGGUUUCCAUCAAACUCAUUCUCCAUUUCUAAUUGUUUCAAAAGCGAAUUUAAUGUUUGGGCCUCAAGAAGAAAAUUUACACCAGCACUGGGAAAUAAACCCAGGGUUCAAAGAAGGCUUACGUGCCAACUUUUUAAAAAUCAUCGCAUAAGGUCUUACUGAUGUGGACCACAAGUCCCCCAAAUGAUUAACCCUAACAGUCCUCAAUCCUUCACCUGUUGGAGGAACUGAGGACUGUUAGGGUUAACCUCUUCCCCCCAUUACUUCUUUCUGAAGUUUAAGGCUCGUUAUGAAGCAAAUCAUAAGGUAAUGUAUUUAUUUUUGAACUCCAUUUUUUAUUUUAACUUUGGAAGUUGCUCUACUAGAUCAUCCAGAACACUUCAACAAUGACACAUGAAUGAUCGCUGUAUUGGAGAGCAAAAAUUAGAGUAAAUAUUGGUUGAGCCUUUUGUAAUUGUUUCUAGGGUAAAUUCAGAUCACACACUUCUGGCUGCCUGAAAGGAUAUGAGCACAGUGUGCCAAUAUGACAAAAAAGGUGUUAACAAAAGCUGUGAAAUACUUAAUACUUUCUAGAAGGCUAGGCUUGAUAUAAAAAUUAUACAAAAUGUUUCUGGAAACUUCACAUCUGAUAUGUUUUUGAAAGAAAAACCAGUAAGUAAAAGUUAUUCUUCAGAAUAGAAAAAUCAAGGUUACAGAAGUACAGAGACAAGUCAGACCCUUUAUUAAAAUUUAAUGCUGGUUAAUUUUGCAUUAGUAACACAUUAGUAGCAUUUUUUCUGAUAAUGACCUGCACUAUCCACACAUAUUCACAUGUGCAGGAAGGUUUUACAGAGUUUUGAGUUCAUGUUCUUUCACAGCUGAAGUUUAAUUGCAUUCUGAGUAACUUUGAGGCUUGAUUUUCUGUUGCAUAAAAACAAACACUUUCGGUGGAUACUCUCAGGAAAGGGUGUCGGGAGAAAGCAGUGAGUUGUCCACAUUUAUUGAGAAAUCACCGUUGAUUUUUUAUACACAUAGUUUUUUCCUGUUUCGUCUACUUUCUAAUGGUUUUUUCAUCCCCCUUUUGAAUGUUACAAUUUCACAUUCAGUUUGCCUCUCCCUGUUGCAACUUUGCUUUUUUUUAGCUGUUCAUUAUUCAUUCACAUGUCAUUGGAAAUAAAACAUGCUUUGCGCCAGCUUGGGUA